CCAGGCAAAGUGCAGCCGGCCGGCAGUCGUCUGUCUCCGCUGUCUCCCUGUCUCUGUGUUUUUGUGCUGUGUGUGUGUCACAAGGAUCCAGGUCCCAGAUCUGUGGCAAAGCAGGAUGCGAAUGUCGCAUCCAUGUCGCGAUCGCUAACGGCUCUUUAGCGGUUCUCCAAUACGAGUACUCGUAUCUCAGGCUCGGGGGCCUGGCCUGCCUGUCCUGGUGCUGGAGCUGGAGCUGGAGGAGUGUGCUAAUGUGAUAAGCCGCUUAAACCGCAAUCGACUUUGGCUUCGACUCUGACUUGGAGUUCAACUGAGAGCCAACAUUUGUGGCCUCCCCACCUGAUGAUCAGUGCUGCCCCAUAAACGAACGCCCACGAAACGAAACAAAACGAGGCGUGGCGAGGCGAGGCGGUGAGAAAAAGAAAAGUGAAGUCCACCGAAAGUGAAAAAAUCAAUCCAAUCGAAUCGAAGGAAAAUCUCCGCUCAGCUCUAAACUAAAUCAAAAGCCUAAAUCAAAAUAUCUUUCAAACAAACAAAUAAACCCGAGGCCCACAAACAAAUAAAAAAAGGUUCAACAACAAUUAAUUCAGAGUGCUGUUGGGGAUCUGUCGGAUCUUCGGGCUGUUCGUGUUGCAUUUUAUUGCCUCGAAACAAUAUUUACAAAAGUCUUUAUGGCCACACAGUGAAAUGCAAAUCAAUUAAACAAAAAAAAAAAGAAAAAACAAAAGCAGUUAAAGAAAACAAAAAAGAAAGAAAAGAUUCGUUACAAUUUGAUUGAACGCGAUUUAUUGACCAUGAAAACGGUGGAAAGUCCAAAUUAUAUUUAACACAAAAUUCCAAAAACAAAACAAAAAAAGGAAUGUGUGCAAAAAAAGAAAAGAAAACUUGAAAAACGUGGCCAAAAUGGCAACCAGUGAAAAUCAAAGUUAAUAAUCCAAAUCCAUCGACAGUUCAUUGUUCUAUAUACAAAUCGAGCAAUUAAAUACUGAACAGACUCUAACCGGGCCUCAAAUUCAACGAUCCGAAGGCGAAGUGCUACCAAAAAAAAAAAACUGAAAGAACUGAAAGUCUAACAUGCGCCCGGCACGUUACCGAUGAAGCAAGCAACUUUAAUCAGACCCAGACACAGACUUAGACACAGAAGAAGCCCAGCAGCAGCAGCAGAAGGAGGAGGAGCAGCAGCAGCAGCAGCCACCAAGAUGUGUCCCAAACGGCAUUGGCUAGUCAACAAAGCAACGGCAGCGGGAAAGGGAGCCACAGAAGGAGCUGCGAGGGCAAGGCGUAGCAGGCGGAGUCUAGACCAAAUAGUAGAAGUAUUAGUAGCCUUAAUCUUAGUCAAUUGCCUCGUGGCCACAGCGACAGCGGCCCUGAUCACGCCAGCCGUUCUGGACGCCGAAGAUGAUGCAGAUCUGUCCGGCUUCUAUCGCAGCCCCCACCGACUGGAGGGCUACCAGCAGCAGCAGCUGCAGCGCAGUCAGAACUUCAAGAUCAGUCCCAAGCCGUGCUCGUUCGGGCGUGUGGAGGGCACCUGCAUGUUCGUGUGGGAGUGCAUCAAGAGCGAGGGCCGCCAUGUGGGCAUGUGCGUGGACUCCUUCAUGUUCGGCUCCUGCUGCACGCACAACUACACGGACAACAUUGUCCUGCCACAGACGGCCUUCUCCUACACGAGGCCCACCAAGCCGCUGACACUGAGGCCGCGUCCGCCGCCGCCAGCCUACAAGCCAAUGAUUAGUGGGAUGACCACCAUAGAGCGUCCACAUGGCGCUGGCACACUGGUGAUUCGUCCUUCGGGUCCGCAUCAUCAGGGCACACUGGCACGGCCACAUCCUCCGCCCUACCAGAGCAGGCCCACAACGUCGUCGGAUCUGCUGAGUGCCGCCUCGCAUGCCAGCUCCAGUUCGAGCUCCAGUCCAAAUAGCAUUUGGCAUACAUCAACCCAGCAGCAGCAGCAGCAGCAGCAGCAGCAGCAGGCGCAACAGCAGCAGCAUCAACAGAAUCAACAGAAUCACUGGCAGAUGACCACCGAGCCGAGCUUUAUUACCAGGCCGCGACCCACCGGCUGGACGAAGCCCGGCAUCGUCAAUCUGCCGAUGCCCGGCCCACGUCCCUCGAAGCCAUCGAAGCCCACAAAGAAACCGAUUGUCUACGAGCGGCCGCCACCGCCACCAUCAUCCACGACGACAUCGACGAUGAUCCAGACACAUCCCCAUUCUCAAGCACAGGGACAGGGACAGGGCCAGGGCUACACCAGGCCUCAGCUGUCGGCGGGCACAUCAUUAGCUACAUCGUCGGCUUACCCAACCUUCUCCACAUCGAAGGCUACGACGACAACCAGGAGAACGACCACACCAGCUCCGACAACAACGACAACCACAACGACAAGGAGAACCAGCACCAGAACCAGCACCACCACCACCACAACAAGGCCCUACCAAAGGCCCACCACGGCGAGCAGCAGCUCCAGCAGCACAACGAGAAGUUCGACAACCACUGCCAAAACACCCACCACGACCAGGCCACAUACGAGUCCGAGCGGCAGCAGCAGCAGCAGCAGUGGAGGCAUCAUCUCCAGCAGCAGCAGCAGCCAGCCCACGCAUCGGCCCAUCCUGGAGGCCACAUCGUCUGUCGGCGGCGGGGGCCACAUUGAAACCAACGAGAUAACGGACUCCUCCACACACGAUGGGGCGGUGGCGGCGGCGGGUGUGACGGCGCUGGGGCAUGUGAAGACCAUUUCGGCGGCACGCAGCGAAUGCGGCAUCCCAACGCUGGCACGGCCCGAGACGCGGAUUGUGGGCGGCAAGAGUGCGGCCUUCGGUCGUUGGCCCUGGCAGGUGUCGGUGCGACGCACCUCCUUCUUUGGCUUCUCGAGCACCCAUCGGUGCGGUGGCGCUUUGAUCAACGAGAACUGGAUAGCCACAGCUGGUCACUGUGUGGACGACCUUCUCAUCUCUCAGAUACGCAUCCGCGUGGGCGAAUACGACUUCUCCCAUGUGCAGGAACAGCUGCCCUAUAUAGAGCGCGGCGUGGCCAAGAAGGUGGUCCAUCCGAAGUACAACUUCUUCACGUACGAGUACGACCUGGCGCUGGUCAAGCUGGAGCAGCCGCUCGAAUUCGCGCCGCAUGUCAGUCCCAUUUGUCUGCCCGAGACGGAGAGCCUUCUAAUUGGCAUGAAUGCCACGGUCACAGGAUGGGGUCGGCUCAGCGAGGGCGGCACUCUGCCCUCGGUACUACAAGAGGUAUCCGUGCCAAUUGUGAGCAACGACAAUUGCAAGUCCAUGUUUCUGCGCGCCGGCCGCCAGGAGUUCAUACCAGAUAUAUUCCUGUGUGCGGGCUAUGAGACGGGGGGCCAGGACUCUUGCCAGGGCGACUCCGGUGGACCGCUGCAGGCCAAAUCACAGGAUGGUCGCUUCUUUCUGGCUGGCAUCAUCUCCUGGGGCAUUGGCUGUGCGGAGGCCAAUCUGCCAGGUGUGUGCACGCGCAUCUCCAAGUUUGUACCCUGGAUACUGGAGCAUGUCAGAUGAUGAUCAAGCGAUGAUCAUUUUGAUGCUCGCCCGACUUUUGUUAUUGUUUUAAUUUAUCAAGUUGUAUCUAUAUAAGAUUUGUGUGAUUUAUCUUAAAGGAAUGUUAAGCGUAGUUAGCUUCAAUUUUAACAAUUUGUAAACAGCAUUGACACACUGCCACGCCCCCUGCCCAAGCACACACACACACUAACACACGAGUCAACGAGCCCAUUAAGUUAGUCUAGCGAAAAAUGUUAGAUCCAUAAGUUGUCUAAAACACUCAAAACGAUGAUUAGAAGGGGAAAUUCCAUUUGUAAAUAGCCGAAAAUAUUAGAGUGAGGGGAGGGUGGGUAGGGU